AUGCAGACAAGAUUGAAACAGAGAAUAUUUGUUGAAAAUGUGUUUAUGAAGAAGCAGAUGACACUUGGAUGUUCAGACAGGGAGAUUUGUCAGGCGCAUAUUAAAUUUCCUAUUGACUACCUAUAUUCACCACCUACCUUCAGAUUCUUGACCAAAAUGUGGCACCACAACAUUUAUGAGAAUGGAGAUGUUUGCAUUUUGAUUCUUCAUCCACCUGUAGAUGACCCGCAGAGUGGAGAACUGCCCUCUGAAAGGUGGAAUCCUACUCAAAACGUGAGGACUAUUCUAUUAAGUGUAAUCUCACUGCUUAAUGAGCCCAACACCUUCUCCCCAGCCAAUGUGGAUGCUUCAGUUAUGUUCAGAAAAUGGAGAGACAGUAAAGGAAAAGACAAAGAAUAUGCUGAAAUCAUUAGGAAACAGGUUUCAGCCACCAAGGCUGAAGCAGAAAAGGAUGGAGUGAAGGUCCCCACAACCCUGGCUGAAUACUGCAUCAAAACUAAAGUGCCUUCCAAUGAUAACAGCUCAGAUUUGCUUUAUGACUUGUAUGGUGAAGAUGAGGAGGAGGAAGAUGCCGACUGUUAUGAUGAUGAUGAUUCUGGGAAUGAGGAGUCAUGACACGCUCUUUCAAUGCCCCUGUACUGCCCUGCCAUCUCAGGCCAAAGGGAGGGGAGCAAGUGGGGACCUAGCAAUGGCCUCUCAGCAAAAACCCAUUCACAGUGGGUGGGGAAAACAAACACAGCUCCUGAUGACUCCCCUUAUGGAUCUCAGUUUGCUCCUUUUUAUGGACCUUAAAUGGAGAGAGAGCAACCCUACACAGAAUGUCUGAAUUCUUGCAUUCUUUACCCUUCCAUCACUGUAUUGAUUCUUUUUUAAAAAACAUCAUCAACCCAAACUCCCGCCUCACUCACUUCGUCUCUUCAGAAU